CAAGUUUCUCCGUACCAAGAAAAAGCACUCAAAUAUUAUGAUUAUUAUUAUUAGGAGGAGGAAUAAAAGAAGCGGAAUCUAUUACAAGAGCGGGGUUAGUGAGAGGGAAGUUAAACUUGCUCAAUAAGCUAACUGAUGGACCUUUCAUGUCUGUAAGUGUGCUUAAACGCACGUCGGCGCAUUCUCUCUCCCUUUCUCAUCAAGUUUUCCAGGACGGCUUCCAUGCUUGCAUGAUCAAUUACUUGAAAGUGACAGAACUUUGAAGAAAAGAAAUGGAGUUGAAAGGAAAUGAAAGGGAUGGAGAAACAGUGGUGACUCAAGUUAGUUUUGGUGGGUUUGACAGUAAUGUCAGAGCGAAAGAUCUUGUGGAAUGCUUAGAAUACGAAGUUGGAACUGUUUUUAGGUGCAGACUGAAAACUUCUUGGACUCCUCCAGAAUCUUAUCCAACAUUUGAGGUCAUUGACACUUCAGACAUUGAAAUAGAAGAUGAUUAUAAAAAGGUGGAGCCCCAUGCAUUUGUGCAUUUUGCCACACCUAAAUCGGUAGAUUGGGCUUUGGAUGCUGCAGGGCGUUGUGAUCUUUUUCUGAACAAGCAACAAUUGAAGGUUAGUUUAGGUUUCCAAAGUCCAUUCCACCUGAGGCAGAGGAGGAGGACUACAACUCCUCAUAAGUUGUCUGAUGUGCUUGUCGAGGUUGGAACCUUGGUCAGCCGGGAUGAGUUUUUUGUUGCUUGGAGAGGAGCACCUUAUGGGGUUGACUUUCUGGUAGAUCCCUUUGAUGGGACAUGCAAGUUUUGUUUCACAAGAGAUACUGUUUUCUCUUUUAAAAGCACAAGCAAGUAUGCGGAGAUAAAAUGUAAUUUUAAGAUGGAAUUUGUGGUAAGAGACAUCAAUGAGAUCAAACGCUAUAAUGAUACAUCAUAUCUAGUAAUUUUGUUGCACCUUGCUGCAUCUCCCUGCAUUUGGUAUAGAACGGCUGAUGAUGAUAUUGAAGAAUCUGUGCCGUAUGAUUUGUUAGAUGAUGAUGAUCCUUGGAUCCGAACCACAGAUUUUACACCAAGUGGGGCCAUUGGUCGGUGUAGUUCUUAUAGAGUUUCAAUCCCACCCCGCCAUGGUGUCAAGUUGAGAAGUACAAUGGAAUAUCUUAAAGAACAAAGAGUGCACGAGAUCUGCCUUGAAAAGCCACUUAGGAUCAGGGAUGAACCUGAAUUUGGGCUGCCCUUAUCAGAUCCUUUCUUCUGUAUUCAGUACAAGCAAGGGAUAGCUUUUGAGAUAAUGUUCUUGGUGAAUGCUGUCUUGCAUAAAGGCAUAUUCAGUCAGCACCAGUUGUCAGACAAUUUCUUCAGUUUAUUGAGAAGCCAACCCAAAGAGGUCAACAUUGCUGCACUAAAGCACAUAUGUUCUUACAGACGCCCAGUGUUCAAUGCGUUCAGGAGACUGAAAACAGUCCAGGAUUGGUUGUUGCGGAAUCCUAAGCUUUUUAAGAGCCGUAGACAGCUUGAUGAUAUUGUUGAAGUUAGGAGGUUGGUUAUUACACCAGCAAAAGCAUAUUGUCUUCCACCAGAAGUGGAGCUUUCCAACAGAGUUCUCAGGAAGUAUAAAGGAGUUGCUGAUAGGUUUUUAAGGGUCACUUUUAUGGAUGAAGGAUUGCAGACAAUGAAUUCCAAUGUUCUUAACUCCUACGUUGCUCCUAUUGUAAAGCUUAUCACAUCAAACUCUUAUCCACAAAAAACAAAAAUAUUCCAAAGGGUGAAUACCAUUCUGAAAAGUGGAUUUCAUGUUUGUGGUAGGAAGUAUUCUUUUCUAGCCUUCUCAUCCAAUCAAUUGAGGGACCGUUCUGCCUGGUUUUUUGCUGAAGAUGGAAAGACGAAUGUUGUUAACAUCAGAAAGUGGAUGGGGAAGUUUACCCAGAAGAACAUUGCGAAGUGUGCUGCCAGGAUGGGUCAGUGCUUCUCAUCUACGUAUGCUACAGUAGAAGUUCCACCAAAAGAAGUGAAUCCCGAGCUUCCUGAUGUAGAGAGAAAUAAUUACAUUUUCUCUGAUGGGAUUGGUAUGAUUACUCCUGAUCUUGCAAAUGAAGUUGCAGAGAAACUGAAAUUGGACGGGAACCCUCCAUGUGCUUAUCAGAUAAGAUAUGCUGGUUUUAAGGGUGUUGUGGCUCGUUGGCCAGCAAAAGGUGAUGGAGUGCGACUUUCUUUAAGGCCUAGUAUGAACAAGUUCAUUUCUGACCAUACUACUCUUGAAAUCUGUUCUUGGACUAGGUUUCAGCCUGGUUUCCUAAACAGGCAGAUUGUGACACUGCUUUCAACUUUGAAUGUUCCUGAUGAAAUAUUCUGGAAAAUGCAGGACUCUAUGCUCUCCAGACUAAACCAAAUGCUUGUGGACACAGAUGUUGCAUUUGAUGUCCUGACAGCAUCCUGUGCUGAGCAAGGAAAUGCAGCUGCAAUUAUGCUGAGUGCGGGAUUUGAGCCUCAAAGUGAACCUCAUCUACGAGGCAUGUUAACCUGUAUACGAGCUGCUCAGCAUUGGGGCCUUAGGGAGAAGGCUAGGAUUUUUGUUCCUUCAGGUAGGUGGUUAAUGGGCUGCUUAGAUGAGCUAAGCGUCCUUGAGCAAGGCCAAUGCUUUAUCCAAGUGUCUACCCCGUCAUUGGAAAACUGUUUCUCAAAGCAUGGUUCCAGGUUUACUGAGAAAGCAAAUAAUCUUCAAGUAAUUAAAGGGCAUGUGGUGAUAGCAAAAAAUCCUUGUCUUCACCCAGGAGAUAUAAGGAUUCUGGAAGCAGUUGAUGACCCUGGUUUACACCAUUUAUUUGAUUGCCUUGUUUUCCCUCAAAAGGGUGAUAGGCCCCACAUGGAUGAAGCAUCUGGAAGUGACCUUGAUGGGGACCUCUACUUUGUGACAUGGGAUGAAAAUCUCAUUCCCCCGAGCAAGGAGAGCUGGCCGCCCAUGAAGUAUACUCCGGCAGAAACCAAACUUUCAGCACGCCAGGUCACUACUCAGGAUAUAAUUGACUUUUUUGCAAGAAACAUGGUAAAUGAGAGCCUGGGAACAAUCUGCAAUGCACAUGUGGUUCAUGCUGACAGCAGUGAGUACGGGGCUUUGGAUGAGAACUGCUUAACGCUUGCUGAUUUAGCAGCUAAAGCUGUUGAUUUUCCCAAGACUGGGCACAUUGUCAUCAUGCCUCAACAUCUGAAACCAAAAUUGUACCCUGAUUUUAUGGGGAAAGAGGAUUACCAAUCCUACAAGUCAACCAAAAUUUUAGGAAGACUUUAUCGCCAGGUUAAGGAUGCCUAUGAUGAAGAUGUUGUUACAUCUGCACGGUUAGAUGUUGUUCCCACUGAUGUUCCUUAUGAUAAAGACCUUGAGGUUCCAGGAUCUGCCCAUUUCAUUAUGGAUGCAUGGGAUCAGAAGUGCUCUUAUGAUGGGCAGCUGAAUGGUCUACUAGGACAAUAUAAAGUGAAGAGGGAAGAAGAGAUUGUGACUGGGCACAUCUGGUCCAUGCCAAAGUACAACAGCAGGAAGCAAGGGGAGCUCAAGGAGAAGCUCAAGCAGUCUUACAGUGCUCUAAAGAAAGAGUUUAGGCUAGUUUUUGAUAAGAUGGACUCAGAUUUUGAGGGACUAACUGAUGACGAGAAGAACGUAUAUUAUGAGCGCAAGGCAUCAGCAUGGUAUCAGGUCGCUUACCAUCCUAAAUGGGUGAAGAGAUCUCUGGAGUUGCAAGAGCCAGAUGGUCCAGAGAAUGUAGUGAUGUUGAGUUUUUCCUGGAUUGCAGCUGAUUACCUUGCUCGGAUCAAGAUUAAAAGCCGCAGGAUGGUAAAUUUUGACUAUAGUAAGCCUAUUAACUCUCUGGCAAGGUACCUUAUGGAUCGAAUUUGACCAGAUCUUAGUGCUGUCUAGAGCUCUCUUGUUGCCACUCGGAACUUUUUGGCAGCCAGGCCUCUCUGCCAUGUUUAAAGGAAGGUUUGCAUCUAUGUGUUCAAGGUAUUUCCAUUUUUUUUCCCCCCUUUCUAUCCUGGUAUUUCCGUUUGACCUGUUAUAGUCGAUGCUACAAAAUGUUCCUUGCCUUUGGUCAAACUGUUGAAACUUGUGCUUUGAUUGGAUAUUUCUUUCUGCCUCCGAGUUCUCUGAGAUUGUAGUGACAAUUAUCCA